UUAAAAUUGACGACGGCCGCCGCGCGCGCUGAGUAAAUUGAUGAGGGAAAUGUGCGGUGAAAAAGGGACAAUCGCUUAAAUUUUUAGUUUUGAAGUGAAAUUUUAUUCAAAAUGUCUGAUUCCGAAGGAUCUCAAGAAGCACCAGCAGCUCCAGUUCCACCUGCUCCGUUUGGUCAACCGCCUCCAUUGAAGCUAAAGAGUCCACCACAAGGCAAAGACACAGGGACAGGAGAAACAAAGGCUGAAUAUGACGCUAAAAUGAUGAAGGAUCGAGCCUCUAGGUUUGGUUUCCUGCUUCAGCAGACAGAAAUCUUCACCCAUUUUAUGAGUGCUACCAGCAGUGUGAAAUCUCCUACAAGCCCCCUCAAACUAAAGCCAGGGAGACCACGUGUCAAGAAAGAUGAGAAGACAAAACUGUCCUCUGUCGGCGAAAAAGGCAACCAAAGUCAAGAUGAAGAAUCCUCCCGGUUAGCGAAGUCGAACCACCGCCAUCGUAUGACUGAGCAGGAGGAGGAUGAGGAACUACUGUCCGAGUCCCGAAAGGCAACCAGUGUCAUUACGCAGUUUGAGAAAUCACCAACAUAUAUCAAGAAUGGUGAGAUGAGAGACUAUCAAGUUCGUGGACUCAACUGGAUGAUCUCACUUUAUGAACAUGGCAUCAAUGGCAUCUUGGCAGAUGAAAUGGGUCUUGGUAAGACUCUUCAGACCAUCUCACUGCUUGGAUACAUGAAACAUUACCGCAGCAUUCCUAGCCCUCAUCUGAUCAUCUGCCCAAAGUCCACACUGUCCAAUUGGAUGGCAGAAAUACAGCGCUGGUGCCCAUCACUACGAGGAGUCUGUCUUAUUGGAGAUCAAACUACAAGGGCAGCCAUUAUACGAGAUGUCAUGAUGCCAGGAGAGUGGGAUGUGUGUGUCACAUCAUAUGAAAUGGCCAUUAGGGAAAAGUCCGUCUUCAAGAAGUUCAACUGGCGCUACCUGGUCAUUGAUGAGGCUCACCGCAUCAAAAAUGAGAAGUCAAAGCUGUCUGAGAUCGUACGCGAGUUCAAGACGACCAACCGCUUGCUCCUUACUGGCACACCACUACAAAACAAUCUCCAUGAGCUCUGGGCAUUACUUAACUUCCUUCUACCAGAUGUGUUCAACUCUUCCGAGGAUUUCGAUGCCUGGUUCUCAACAGAAGGCUGUCUGGACCUUGAGAACAGUAGCUUAGUUUCUCGUCUACACGCUAUUCUUCGGCCUUUCUUGUUGAGGCGUCUAAAGGCUGAUGUUGAAAGGGGGCUGCUGCCAAAGAAAGAAUGCAAAAUCUACGUUGGUCUGAGCAAGAUGCAGCGAGAAUGGUACACCAAAAUCCUCAUGAAAGACAUUGACGUUGUCAACGGUGCUGGUAAGACAGAGAAAGUCCGCCUCAUGAACAUCUUGAUGCAUCUGCGCAAGUGCUGUAACCAUCCUUAUCUGUUUGAUGGGGCUGAACCCGGACCGCCCUUCACCACGGACAAACAUCUGUACGAGAACGCCGGUAAACUUGUGGUCCUCGAUAAACUACUCAGCAAAAUGAAAGAAGAUGGCUCUCGUGUGCUUGUCUUCAGUCAGAUGACACGUGUAUUAGACAUCUUGGAGGACUACUGUUCAUGGCGUAAUCAUAACUACUGUCGACUUGAUGGUCAGACACCUCAUGAAGAAAGACAGAAAAGUAUUAAUGAAUUCAACCUGCCUAAUAGUGAGAAGUUCAUCUUCAUGCUGAGUACGAGAGCAGGAGGUCUUGGUAUCAAUUUAGCCACUGCAGACAUUGUCAUCCUGUAUGACAGUGAUUGGAACCCACAGGUGGAUCUCCAGGCUAUGGAUCGUGCCCAUCGUAUCGGACAGAAAAAGCAGGUACGUGUGUUCCGUUUCAUCACAGAGAACACUGUAGAGGAGCGCAUUGUUGAGAGAGCUGAAACAAAACUGCGUCUUGACAACAUCGUCAUCCAAGCUGGUCGUCUGGUUGAUCAGAAUCUGAAGGUGAAUAAGGACGAGGCACUGAAUAUGAUCCGCCAUGGAGCAAACUUCAUCUUCUCAUCCAAGGACUCUACCAUUACAGAUGAAGAGAUUGAUUCAAUCUUGGAACGCGGUGCCAAGAAGACUGAGGAGCUGAAGAAGAAAAUGGAUCAUCUCGGGGAGUCUGGACUCCGCAACUUCACCCUGGACACCAAUGAGAGCAUCUACUCAUGGGAGGGUCAGGACUUUAGAGAGAAACAGAAGGCAAAUAACAUCAACUGGAUUGAGCCACCUAAGAGAGAGCGGAAAGCUAACUAUGCGGUGGAUGCUUACUUCAGGGAAGCCUUGAGGGUCAGCGAACCCAAAGCUCCAAAGGCCCCAAGACCACCCAAGCAGCCCAAUGUACAGGACUUUCAGUUCUUCCCUCCUAGACUCUUUGAACUCCUUGACAAAGAAAUCUACUCAUACAGGAAAAUGAUUGGCUACAAGGUUCCUUUGAAUCCUGAAGUGCCACACCCAGUCCAGGCUCGCAAGGAGGAGCAGAAGAAGAUAGAUGAAGCUGGAGCAUUGAUGGAUGAGGAGAUCCAAGAAAAGGAGGACCUUCUUACACAGGGUUUCGUUAAUUGGUCCAAACGAGACUUCAACCAGUUCAUCAAAGCAUGUGAGAAGUAUGGCCGCGAUGACGUGGAUAACAUCUCUAGGGAUGUAGAGGGCAAGACACCUGAAGAGGUGCAAGAGUACAUGGCUGUGUUCUGGGAUCGAUGCCAUGAGCUGACAGACAUUGAGAAGACUAUGGCUCAGAUUGAGAGAGGUGAAGCUAAGAUCCAACGUAAGAUCAGCAUCAAGAAAGCCCUGGACUCUAAGAUGGCGAGAUACCGCGCUCCAUUCCACCAGCUGCGUCUCUCCUAUGGAACUAAUAAAGGCAAGAAUUGGACAGAGGAAGAGGAUCGAUUUCUUGUCUGUAUGCUUCAUAAGCUGGGCUUCGACAAAGAGAAUGUGUAUGAUGAGCUACGUACGGCUGUCAGGCAAGCACCGCAGUUUAGAUUUGAUUGGUUUCUCAAAUCACGUACAGCAAUGGAGCUGCAGCGACGGUGUAACACGCUGAUUACGCUGAUUGAACGUGAAAACCAGGAGUUGGAGGAACGAGAGAAAGCUGAGAAAAAGAAACAGGUCAGAGCAAAAGGAGGCAUGCCAACACCAAAGGGAAAGGGAGAGAAGAGAAAGGCAGAUGCUACUCCUGACCCCCGUAACAAGACCAAGAAAAAGAAGUGAGCUUUGGAAUGAGCAUGGAUCUUUGGAAUAUUGUACAUAGCAGGUCAUAAUUGUUCGGUGCCUGUUAGAACGGGUCGGAACUGGUUUGAACCAGGUUAAACUAGUUGAAAAGAACAGAUUAUUUAAAAGUGGAUAUUUGCCUUACUUCAAGACUUUUGAAGUGAUUUUCUUUUUCAGAAGUAGACAAACAAUGUGAGGGGCCUUUAGUUCCUUUCAUAAAAAUGUGAUAGAAAUCAAACAAUUUUAAAGGUAAGGCUUUUGAAAAUGUUUGGUUAAUAAAAUGACAAAAUUUGACAGUGAAUAGCAGUUGGGAUUACAUUGAGUUCACAUCAAUUAUGUUUAGUAUUGUUGUUAAAUGCACACACACAAAUAACACUACUGAGGUAUCUUUUAGCCCUUUUGAGGUAUGGAUGACGCUAUAGUGUUGCUCUGUUUGGUUCGAGUGUCUACAGACAAAUUUAACCAAACCAAAUUUUGUCAUAGUCCUGUGUCCACCAUACCUCAAAAUGGCUUAUUGAAAUGCCCCUCCUCACAACCAUGCGAUGUGCACUCUUUAAAUAAUAUGCUUUCAAGCUGAUUUUAUUAAUACUUUUUUGUUGUAUGCUGUAGUGUAGAAAUCAAUGUUGGAUAUAAUAAAUGUCAUUCCUUCUUCCUCUAUGUAUAUAAACUUUUAUGAUUUGACAAGUUUGUCUGUUUGUUUGUCCCAUUGAUCAAGAUAAAUCUUGAGUCUGUUGAAAACUUAAGUCUGUUGCACUUUGCUGGUACUAAAAACAAACAAAAAAUCAAAAUGCAAACAGUACAUUCCAAUACAAUUACAUGCAUUGUUUGUUACCCAUUACCAGUGCAGCCAUAUACAGUGUACAGAGGUCUAGAUGAAUUCCGAAUACCCGAAGCUACAGUACUUUCAUUUGCUGAAAGUUUGUCAAUAAGAACUUGAUACACUGGCAGUUUAGGUAAUUUUUCAAAAGAUCAAAUAGCCUUGCACCUUUUCUAUGAAAAAAACCAUCCAUAUUUGUUGUACACAUGAAAUGUUAUUAAGACAGCACAAAUAAAUGUAUCAA